AUGUUGAAGCACAGGCUCGAGCUCUGUGGUUGUAGUCUGCUCCGAUUCUGCGACCAUGACCGAACCAUGCGGGUGUCGUCGCCAUCGAACAUGGCGGGUGACCCAUCCACCAUCAUCAGGGCCGCCGUUGAUUCCACUCGGGCAUUCAGCGUUCGCAACUUUCAAGUACAAGCUGCGGUGCUCGACAGCGUAUCCAACCCUUCCCUCUUCGCACUGGGAAGGGGAAGGCGAUACCAAUACCUAAUCUGUGUCUUCGCAACCUCGCGUGUCCCUCUCCUCAUGUACAUCCUAAGCGUUCCCUUUCCCGCCCUCCUUAGAUUAUGUGGAAUUCCACUCCUUUUGAGUGAACGACCUGUCCCCCUUGUAAUAGUGGGCGUUAAAUUUGGCUCGGAUGUGGCCGUCAAUACGAAGGGAGGGAAAGCGAGUCAAGAAGCCGAAGUUAAUAAGGAAGCCCCUCACAGCAGCGCAUAUCCAAUGGGAAAUUCCAUUUCUUCGCCCUCUGACUCCCAUUCCCAUCCUUCCCGGAGAAUGAAUGCACAGGCGAGCUCGGCCCCCCAGCCAGUGAUGCUACCAGUUGCUUGGAUUAUGAAGCGGACCAGUCCUGUUCCCCUGCAAACCCUCUCCCACGCCUGCGCCUGCAAGCAAUAUACGAACAUCUCCGAGUGUCAGAGUACCGCAGCGAAUACCAAGAUUCUAAACGCAGUGCUGCGAGCAGCCCACACAAGGAGAAAUGAACCCUCCGGACGCACACUCAUCACCAAGGAUGCAACACGGUACUUUUACUCGUUCUCCACCUCACUGUUUCAUCACCAACAGCCUCGGCUAGCUCAGGCGGUGCCACUGGCCUUGGGACUGGUGACGAUCCUCGAACGGCAGCGAGUAUUGUUGUCGUCCAUGCUGAUGCGAGCCGUAGUAGCAAGCAUCAGAAGACCCUGGUACCUUGCCACCCCGGAGGCCCGUGCCGAUAAUACGAUGGACAAUGGCUACCAGACUAGUUCUAGCGCACCCAUCGAUCCUACCAUCUAA